ACCAGGCCUGGACCUCACCUGCUCACUCUCUGUCAAUAUAUAUAACACAUUCGUGUUCCUUUCAUUUUCCUUCUUUCAAGUUCCUUAUCUCUCAUUCGGCUAUAUCUCAGUACUCCUCUUUCAGACUCACUUUUCCUUUACUACUUUGCAACUGUGAAUCGCGUGUAUCCGAGAUGUCGCUUUGCAUAAACCGCCUGACGGAAGAAAGAAAGCAGUGGCGUCGAGACCAUCCCUUCGGAUUUUACGCGAGGCCGCAUCGCAACCCUCAAGGCGCGCUUGACCUCAAGAGAUGGGAGUGCGGUAUCCCCGGAAAAGCGCAAACGUUGUGGGAGGGUGGGCUUUUCAAGCUUGAUGUUACAUUUCCAGAUGAAUACCCUACCAAGCCGCCCAAAUGCAAAUUCGUCCCUCCGCUUUUCCACCCGAACGUCUACCCCUCCGGCACCGUCUGUCUUUCGAUAUUGAACGAAGAAGAAGCAUGGAAACCCGCCAUCACCAUAAAGCAGAUUCUUCUGGGCAUUCAGGACCUAUUGGACGACCCGAAUCCGGAGUCGCCCGCCCAGGCCGAAGCAUACAAUCUGUUCAAGAAGGAUCGGCCAGCAUAUGAGAGACGCGUCAAACAAGUGGUCAAAGAAAACCCCGCACUUUGAGUAGUAGUACCCAUGCAUACAUUGGAUGUUACUAUGACUCGUAUAACUUCUGAGACCACAACCCUCUACAGUUGUCGCGUUACUCGGACCCAGACGUUUGUCCACGCGCUGAUGCAGGUUUCGGCGAUUCCCUGAAUAUGUGGCAAAUGAGCGGAUUGCUGCGGUUGGUGUCCUCUUUACGCUGAAGAAAUUGGUGGUCUUCCAGCAAAGGAUCUCUGCAACAGAAGGGUGGUUGAUAUUUAGAGGCUUGAGUUCUUCCAACCUAUGACUCCACGGCGUCUUAUGUCCUGAAACGUUUUGCAUGUUGUUUCCCUUUCAAUCUGCCGGCUGAUUUAUUUUAUGUAUUCCCUUCAUAUUGGCCAGUCCUUUUAUUCCUUAGCGAGAAGCAUGGCGUAUCACAAUCAACAAAUUUGCAGAGCCAUGUAUGGCGUUCAGUA